AUGGAAGAACGAAGGAACUAUUCGAGUUUCUGUAACAAUAUAAGACGAUAUCACGGGAAAAAGCAUCAGCAACAGUUUUAUGACUUCACUAUCAGAGACAAAGAUGGCGUCGAGGUUAAAUCCCACAAAUUUAUUCUUGCUUCACAGUGCAGUUACUUUGCGGGUUUAUUCCGCAUACAUCCAAACUCCAGUGAGACUACCUUUACGGAUUUUUCGCUUGACGAGAUCAAGAUGUGCAUUGAAUAUCUGUAUACAUACAAAGUGAAACUCACCGGUAAGAACGUUCAAAAUGUGCUAUUAUUUGCCGACUACAUCAAUCUAACAGACGUGCGCGAAAUUUGCAUAAACUACAUCAUCAAAUACAUCGACCGGUCGAAUUGCGCCCAGGUAAUAGAGCUUGGUUACUCACUGGGAAUAGAAGAAUUCGUUGAAGCAGGGAACGAAUUCGCGAAGAAAAACCUCAUAAAACCUAUACGUGAUCUCGAUGAAGAGACGAUCGUCAAGGCUGCGUGUAUGCAGCAAGAACGCGUGACGAUCAUGACCCGGAAGCAAUGGUACCUAAACCUAAUGAAGCAGUGGCUGACAGCGCCACACGAUGUUUCGGGCUUUCAUGCUCGUGGAUCUUCAGUAUUCAACAAUGACUUGGACAAAUGGGCACCGAAAUUUGCGAUAGAUGGUAAAGUGUCAGAAUGUGACAUCUUUUAUUUCCACUCCCAACUUGAGAUGCAUCCGUGGCUUGAAGUGAAGUUUCCCUCUCCCGUGCUGAUCUCUUCAGUGACAAUUUUCAACCGAAAAAACAGCUGUUGGGCAAGACUAAGAAAUGUGGAGGUCAGAGCUGGAAUGAUGCCUGUCCCUGACGGAUUCACAGCCUAUGAUAGAGGAAACCAUAGCAAAAAACGUAUUGACAUCAACUCUCAAUGUGGAUUUUUUGCAGGGCCACCAAAGUCAUUUAUAUGCACAGGGCAUGGCAUCAAGUUCGAAAAGCCUACGCUUGCUCAGUACAUUACUCUGCAGAUUUUAGGGGAGGGGGUUCUCCAGAUUAAUGGACUUAAAAUAAACGGGGGUGACCUAUUGAAUUAUGAGUGUGCGUUCUGACGCAUGUCAAACUUGCCAAAUGGCUUGCAUAGCUUCACAUACACUCGUAACAAUGUCUAAAAUAUCGAAAAUUAUGCUUUUGCAGCAUCUUUCUCAAUUUCAUCAAAUGGAACAGUAACUGGUCCAAGCAGUAACUUUUCUCUCAUGACUGUCCUGUAGCUCAGUGGUACUCAGUAGAGCAUCUGAACUAUACUAACCAGACUGUCAUGACAGGUUUGACUCGUAUUGGGAGUACUCGCAUUUUUGUCCUGGGGGGGGGGGGGGGGGGGGGUACUCCCCUAUAUAAGCCAUAUGUGUAUGUGCUGUCCUAAAGGGCAGGAUUUUUUUGCUGUUUUGGUCUGAUGACGGGAAUAGACUUUCCUCAGUUUUGUUCUAGAAUCUGGUGUGGUUGUCAAGGGAACUACAGAAUUGUACGAACGUAUUUAUUGUUUCAAUUCCAAAUGAGUUUUUUGAGGCUGCUAAUCUAAGUAAUGAUGCCAUAAUUUCUAAACGACCGGGUCUGAGAAUGGGUAUGGAUUUUAGGGGCCAGGUCUGAAAACGGGUGUGAAAAAUGACAUUUUUUUGGUCUGAAAUAGGGUCAGGAUUUGGAGAACCGGGUGGCACACCCCCACCAAGAUUUCCCAGGCACAACUCCCGGAUUUUUGUUUACCAGCCGCCAGUGUCACUGACUGAAAAAUCAUCUUUUUCAAAGUCCAAGUAGUUUGUAGAAUACCUCUCACAUAUGACUCUUGUAAAUGGCCUGGGUUACUAGGAAGUUCCUUGCAGUUUGCUAUAGCUAGAGCAGACCACUAUUUACUGGGAUUUCAUAGUCUGGCCGGUUCAAAUCAGUACCGUUAUUUAGGGAAUCAGCAAUAAUUCUUUUUCUCGCAAUCUAGGUUCAUGGUAGAAAUUAGCAGUUUGAGUUGCAAGCCAUACAGCUCAGACAAUGAGCUGUAAAUGCAUUACUGAUGUUCUCAAUAUCAUAUAAGUCAUAAUAAAAGAUUAAAAUGUUCGUAAGGAGGUUACUGAAGUAGAAUGUUAAAGGAGAUAUUAUGAUAGUUUGCGGUUGGAAAUAAACACUGAACUCUGACUGUUUAAUGGAAAUUCUAAUGGGGAGAGGUAUGGACAUCCAUACGAAGGGGAAGAUGAAGAGGUUAAAUAAGAGAAACACCAUUUUAUCGGGUGGUGAUAGGAAUGUUUUUCAGGAACACGUAUGUACAUGAGACCUUGUGACCGAACUUCAUUCUAAGUUAAGCUUAAAUUUUCUUGUAAGUUAAUAAAGCUCAUUAUUAUGAUAUACAGUGUUAUAAUUGAUUCCACCAUGCAAAAGUAGACUUUCAAAAAAAAAAGUCCUUCGUCGGAUUUCAUAUGGCACGGGACCUCUCGCGACUUCGUCGCUCGCGGAGGCUCGCUCCGCUCGCCAAGAGGUCGACUUGUAGCAAGCCUACAUGCAAAAGCUCACACCAAACUUCAACUUAAUAUAGUCAUGUAAACACUACUUAGUUUGGAACCGUAACAAUGGAAAUAAAUAUAAUUACUCCUAGAGGCAGGUUCCGGACACAAAUUAACAAGUCACCCAUUUAUAGUUAAAAAUCACAGUCUUAACCUACUUUUAGCAUCGUCUAAAGAGAAAAUACAUUAACAAGAUUAGACAUAUCGUAAAUUAUCGAAAAAAGAAACAAUAACAUUCGAUUGCACCACUCAAUAAUAUUUUUGCAUUGGCACACCAAGAGAGUGAGGCAGCUUUCUUUUAAUUAAUCACUCAAAUUAAAGUUAGAGCCACAUAGUGCCGUGUGCUGGUUGAAGAGUUUUCAUUUGAAUAGUUACACCGUAGGAUUUCAUCCACAGACUCAAACGUUAGAACUACAUACUAAAUGAAUAGUACCGUGUGAAAGUACUGCUGAAGAAGUUUCAUUUAAUUGAAUGGUCACAUCAUAAGAUUUCAUCCCCAGCCUCUAAAAGUUAGAAUUACUACACUGACUAAAUAAAUACAUAGGUUUCAUUUACGGAUAAUACAUGGUUCUCUGCCUCCUGGACGACGACGCCACGUAAGACGAUGGACAGAGACCUCUAUACCGGGGGCGACUAAGUAUUAGUUCCAACGGUAUUUUAGAAGUGUUAAGCGUUUUUGCUACGUUCUGACCACAGUUGAUUGUGGCUGCAGCGUUCUCACAAAUCAGUAGAAUGAGCCCUUCACGUAAUAUUUCUGAGCAAAAUUUAAAAAAAAUAAAAUAAAACAAGCUAAAACCCUCGUGCAACUCGAUCUGUCAGUUAGUAAAUGAUAAAAGACGAUAUAAUGUUCACCGUACGCAAUCUUUGGUUACGACUUCCUUUUUCUCUCAUGUAGAGCGACUACCACUUGCAUUACAUUAGUUAGGUCAGAGUUCCUGUAAAAGAAGGAAAUGGCUGUAAUUGCGUUCGAAUUCCUUUUGAACAAUUUAAAUCCGGAUUUGCGAUCCAGAACACACAGUUUGAUUUAUCGUUCUGUGAAGUUGACUAUGUUAAGGACUAAACCCAUCUUAGAUUGCAAUCUGAACGAUCCACCUCCCGACUUGGAUCGUUCAGUUUGGUAUCUCAAUCUGCUUUCAGAUUUUCGUUCCAUUUAAGAAACUGCUUUUCGAUCGCCAAAAUGUGCACAUUCAUUGAUAAACAUGGCUGGUCAAGGUGACAAGGUCAGUUCAGGCGAAAGUUCUUUUACUCGUCCGUUGUUCUAUGCCGCUUAAGGAAUGAAGUAUAACAAACUCAAGUUGCACUGUAACUUUAGAUCCGUAAAGAAACGAAAACUCUUGGACUCACCGUAUAAAAAUGUCCGAUGUGUGUGUUUUGGGCGCCCCUUACUCAUGUUGAGAUUUUGUAGUUGUCUUUUGAACUUGUCUGGUUCAAAUUCCAGAUAUUUUCAAGAGAGGCCCAGUAUGAACCACUACUAAAUUAAAGAGCUAAUUUCCCUUCCAUAGCCUGAUUCUCAGACGUCCGAGGUCGUUCGCGGCCGGAAGCGAAGAGGCUGCGAACGACCUCGUACGUCUGAGCAUCAGGCCAUCCCUUCCAUUGCUGCACGAGAAGACGCUUUAUUUAGCGCGGAAAGAAAUAAAAAUCGAUGCGAGGAAAUUGAAAAGAAGAUCAGUGCAGCAGCCAGCUAUUGUAUGGAUCAAUCGUUCUUCAGAUUUUGUUCGGCUAGCACGAAAAUCCAAACUAUCUGGAUUGUCUAAAUCCGAAUGGGAAAGCAACCUGAUAUGGACCUGCGCGGUAAAAAGGCGAGCAUCUUUGUUUUGAAGACGUAAGACGCGUAAAUAUAUUACUGGUUCCCAGUACCGCGCGGUUAUUACAAAGUGUAGCGCUAAACCCAGAAACCUGGCUUGGAAACAGCAAAUGAAAGUCCUCUCAAGAACAAACGCCUUCCCAUCAGCAAGCAAGAAUGGCAGAGAAACGUCACCAUAUGAACUUCUGUCAAAAUAUAAAACAGUUUCACGAGAAAGAAAGCAGUGAACGUCAAUUUUAUGAUUUUACAAUCAAAGACAAAGAUGGCGCCGAAGUUCAAUCUCACAAGUUUAUUCUCGCGUCACAGAGUGAGUAUUUCGCUGAUCUCUUCAGCACCCACCCAAAUGCCAGUGAAACAACUUUUGAAAAUUUUGGACUCGACGUGAUCAAGCCAUGCAUCGACUAUUUGUACAAUCACGAAAUUGAACUCACGAGAGACAACGCCAUGGACGUUCUAAAGUUUGCGGAUAAAACCGCUCUAACAGUGGUGCGUGACAAUUGCGUUGACUUUAUUAUUAAGCAUAUCGACAGAUCGAAUUAUUCGCUGGUGAUCGAAGUUGGUAAAAAAGGGGGAAUAGAUGAGAUGGUUGAAGCGGCGGUGAUGUUCGUUGUAAAAAACCUCACAGGAACUAUUGAAAGCCUUGACGAUUUAACCAAGGAAAUGAUAACAACGAUUGCUUGUAAGCAGCAACAGCGAGUGACAGUUAUGACCCAAGAGCAGUGGAACAUUAGCAUAGUAAAGCAAUUGCUGACAGCUCCAAACGAGGAACUUAUAUCGAACUUCGAAGCACGAGGAUCUUCCGUGUACAGAAACAAUUCAGAUCUGUGGGGGCCGAAAUUUGCUAUUGAUGGCGAAAUGUCGGAUAGUGACUAUUUAUACUUUCAUUCAGAGUUAGAAAUGUAUCCGUGGCUGGAAGUGAAAUUCCCUUCUCCUGUUUUGAUCUCUUACAUAGCCAUAAUAAACCGUAAAAAUGGUUUUUGGGCAAGGCUUAGAAAUGUGGAAAUCAGGGCUGGAAUGACGCCCGUUCCCGAUGAAUUCACAGCACAUGAGAAUGGAAACCGAAGGAACAAAGAGAUCCAAGUUAAUUCUCGUUGCGGAUACUAUAAGGGGCCUGCUAACAGAUUCAUAAGCAAGGGACAUAUUGUCAAGUUUGAAAAGCCUACACUCGCACAGUACAUUACAAUUCAGAUUUUAGAAGAAGGAUACCUUCAGAUAAACGGUCUUAGAAUUAAUGGC